ACCAAGUGGCUGGAAUGGGAAUCCUGGGAUCCUGGCAAGGAAAUGCUGCUUGUGCAGCCAGACCCUUCAGGUUUCAGGAUAUGGGAUACUCUCGAACGACGUUUGCACAACCUGUCCCUCAUUCUUGUCUACUACCUUGUCGUCUCUUUUCUUGCUAUGCCCUCCACGUCUAAUGGAACCGAAAAUACCGCCUAAUUUCAGCGAACCUCAAGUUGCUAAGGGUAACCCACCCUUGCGGUCAGGAAUACGGGAACAACUACAGGCAUUGAUCAGCAACAAGAAACGACAACUUACCCUCGUGGGGACUCUCGGGCAACGGCUCCUUAGCCAAGAGAUUGAGCUCGAGGAACGUAUACAGCGAAUGGUCGAGGCAGAAAUUGGGGUGCCGCAGUCCAGCGAUUCUAGAGACAUUGCGCCCACUAGAGAUGAGCUGGAAAGCUUGGGAAGGACAUUGAAAACAUGGGAGGUGGAGAACCAAGAGACCUGGGUUAACGCCCUUGCCCUUGAUACAUUAGUAGGUGUAAGCAUUGGAGACUUGUAGAUCAUUCACAUUAUUUCUAUGGGUGGUUUAUGGCGAAAAGCCGGAUGUUGACCCACCCAUUGCACCAUCAUUCCCUUCCGGCUCCUCAUCAGGUGGGGAUAUGUCUUCUCACCCUGAAGUAACCCGAGC